AUGUCUCCAGAACUGGCACGCAACCCUGUUCUGACAGGACCUGCCUUUACCUACACAGAGCUCCCGCGAGAGUCUCCACAUCCCACUACUCGCAUGAUACGCCUUCUGCCGAACAAGGAUAAAGAUGCAGAAAUCAAAUGCGAACUCUUCAACUAUGACUUAACGUCAGGCAGCGGCGCGGAGUCGCACCUCUACGAGGCACUUUCCUACGUAUGGGGAAGUAACACGAGAUCUCGAACCAUUAUAUUGAACAGCUGCGUGUUCCCCGUAACGGAGAACCUCUAUCUUGCGCUGUCACGUCUCCGGAAUCGGCAGCUUGAGAGAAUACUGUGGGUUGAUGCGAUUUGCAUCAACCAGGAUGAUCUGAACGAGAAGACCAAGCAGAUCCCACUUAUGCGGACGAUAUAUGCACAGGCCCAACAUGUCACUGUUUGGCUUGGAGAGGCUUAUGAAGAUGGUGAUAAAGCGCUUGAAGGACUCCGGUGCCUGGCGGAAGGGCAGGAUGUAGAUAUUGAGGGGUUUGGAGCACUAUGUGUGAAUUUGUUCGAAAGAACUUGGUUUCGCCGUAUCUGGGUACUUCAGGAAGUUGGUGUCGCAAGAUCCAUUUAUAUCAUGUGCGGCUCUGUUCAAAUAAACGGACAUGCCUUGUGCGAAGGCCUCAAGAGAAUGAGGCUUCCUGCAGAGUAUCAAGAAAAGAUAGGCCCAGUCGCGUUUCUUAUCAAGGGGGCACUUGUCCGGCCAAACUAUGAGCCUGGGUCACGAGGAUUUCUCACUAUUGGGGAGCUCGUUGGCAUGUACUGCUACCACAAUGCUACCGAGCAGCAUGAUAAAAUCUAUGCACUUCUAGGUUUGAGUGCUGACCCUAUGACAUCCGCCCUAACGCCAAACUAUGCCCUCCCCUGGAAUACGUUGUUCAACCAAGUUACCAGUCACAUGUUCCCAGACUGUUCUGUUGAAACAUGGCCUGGAUCAGAUAUAGCCAUUAUCAGAGGCGGGGGCUGGGUUCUAGGCCAUAUUUGCUCUGUACGACACGUGUCAAAGUUUGGCCAGCAAGAAGUAAAGGUGUACUUGAAUGAUACAGCCCGGUCAAUCGGGUAUGAGAACGACUGGGAAGCUAGUUGGGAUCUACAAACUUUUGCACAGGCCGUUAACCCCGGAGAUAUCGUCUUCCUCCUACAAGGGGCUUCGAGGCCAAGUAUCAUUAGGCUUUGCAAGGACCAUUUCAGGAUAAUCACACCUGCCGUGACUCUUUGCAAAAGACGCCCUAGAGAGUCUCUGGAAGGAACAUCUCGGGGAUGGCAUACACCGGAUGGAACCUGUGAUAUCCUACUGGUGUGGAGGAUUCCUCUGAAUAAUGAUACUAUGUCUCAGAAAUGGCCUGAAACAGAGCUCCCCGACAUGGUUCCAGCCUAUCAAGAACAGUCCUUGGAGGCGGAAUAUAGACGAAACAAUAUUACCCGAAUUAUGGCAGGUGUUGCCAUGGGAGCAUUGGCCUUAAAAAAGCGAGAUGAUGAUGAUGUAGCGCGCUUGCUCGUCUUGAGUGGUACAGAUGAUUCAAUUGCUUCACGGUUGACUAAGUCUUCCGCAAAGGAUAUUCGACGUUUUCCUGACAAGAUCAUGCAAAGCCUCUUUCCAAGUGAGCGAAACGAUCUGUCAAUUUCCGAGGAAAUGGUCAAAGCAGUGGCAGAGAAUAAAGGACCGUGUGGCUAUAUAAUCAUGGAGCUCCUUUUCCAGCGUCAAGGGUCUAGUCUUCCCAUCUCUGAAGAAGUGGUCGAGGCAGCAGCAGGAAACUCUGGAUGGUGUGGACAUCAGGUUAUGAAGGCUAUCUAUCGCCACCGUAAAGAGUUCUUCCCAAUUUCCGAAGAGGCGGUCAAGGCAGCGGCAGGGAAUACUGGAAGAAAGGCAACCAAGAUGAUGAAGCUCCUCUACAAAGCACAAGGGGAAGCCCUUCCAGUCUCUGAAGAAGUACUCAAAGUGGCAGCAGGAAACGACACAAUCGGGGGGGCUCGCAUUCUGGAAAUUAUCGUUCACCAUCGUGGCCAAAAUCUCCCGGUGUCUGAAGAUGUGUUUAUGACCGCAAUAGGGAGUUCUGAAUGGGGAUACUGCAAAUUAUCAAAACUCCUUGAAUACUACAAUGGAAAAUUUCCAGCUUCUGAGGAACUGGUUAAGGCAGCAGCAAAAAGGCGGGCAUUUCUGAGUUUACUUAUUGACCAAGGAGAGGAAAGCCUUCCAGUCUCCGAGGAAGUGGUUAAGGCAGUAGCAGGAAGUUCUUUUGGGAACGAGUCCCUGGAAUUACUCUUUGAGUAUACAGAGGGAAGCCUUCCAAUCUCUGAGGAUGUGGUCAAGACAGCAGCAGAGAAUGAGAAAAGUGGACCUAAGGUUAUGAAGAUCCUCUUCCAACAGAGAGGAGAAAGACUUCCAGUGACUGAAGAAGUGGUUAAGGCAGCAGCAGAGAAUGAGAAAAGUGGACCUAAGGUUAUGGAGAUCCUCUUCAAAAAGAGAGGAGAAAGACUUCCAGUGACUGAAGAAGUGGUCAAGGCAGCAGCUGGAAAUGAGGGCUGUGGAGAUGAUAUCAUGGGGAUCCUCUUCCAACAGAGAGGAGAUAAACUUCCAGUGACUGAAGAAGUGGUUAAGGCAGCAGCAGCAGGGUUCUUUGGAGAUUAUAUUAUAGAUAUCCUCUUCCAACAGAGAGGAGAAAGACUUCCAGUAACUGAAGAAGUGGUUAAGGCAGCAGCAGGAAAUGGGUGGAAUGCAGAUCAUAUUAUGGUGUCACUCUUGCAACAGAGAGGGAAUAAACUUCCAGUGACCGAAGAAGUGAUCAAGGCGGCAGCAAGGAAUGAGGGAGCGGGAUAUCAAAUCUUAGAAUAUCUUCUGCAACAGAAAGGGAGAAGCGGACUUCCAGUGACUGAGGAAGUACUUGAAGCAGCAGCGGAGAAUACUGCAUGCGGAGCAAAGAUCCUGGAAAUUUUGCAGCCGGAAAGAAGCCUUCAAACGACGGUUACUGAAAGACCUGAAAGCCCAGAGAGCCCAGAGGGUUCGGAAAGUGCAGAGAGUUUCGCUCGUUGGGAUCAUCUCCAAUAUCCACCAUAUUCACGAAGCUCGGAAAGUUCGCUGUCAUUGGAUGGAUUGGACGAAAAAGAAUAA